AUGUUAGGAUUAUAUUUAUCUUCUCUUUUCUUUGCCUUUUUUAUGGCACAAGUGUUUGCUACCAAGUACUCAAUUACUUUUACAUCAGAUGACUAUGAAGAGAACCAAUCAGGAGAAAACUCAUCUACUCCUUUGGUGUUUCACUUGGACAAGAAUUCAUUACCACCAGCAUUGUUGAAUCAAAUGGAAUUUAGUCCAUAUCUGGUACUAGCAGACUUGCCAGAUGUACCCCGCGUUUUAGACUCACAAGAGCAAGCUGAUACGGUGCUUGCUUCCAAAUCUGUAAUAGAUUUUCUCUUGGAGGAUCCCCUAACGAUUGCAGAGCACAAAAAGUUCUCGCAAAUCGAAAGUAUUCUGUAUGAAAUUAUGGAAGACAGCCUAAAGGAGAAAAACGGGACUGACGAAGUAUUAGAAGAGGCGCCGAAACCGAAAAUAUACGCAUAUAAAGAGGUUGCGCCGACUAACACUAACUCAACCGACAAUAACAAUAUUUUAACAACCAACACAACGUUAGCCAGUAAAAUUCCAUAUUUAUAUGGUACGACAAGUUUGGCUGCAUCCACUGGCGUUACUAGUGUUGAAAUAUUUCCAACCAUCGCACCGGCAAAUAUUACGACCAUUGGAGGAUAUGAAAACUCGUCGCCAUUCUUAAUGCCUUCAAUGGAAAUCCUAUCCUUUUUGUUCAGUAUAUAUUUGUUACUUUAUCCGUAA